GCAUGUGUUGAAUUACAAUCCCCAGUGUGAUGGCAUUUGGAGAUGGAGUCUUUGGAACAUAAUUAGAUCAUGUGAAUAUAGCUCUCUUCCUGCCUUGUGAGGAUGCAACAGUAAGUCAGCAGCCUGAAACUUGGAAGAAGACUCUCACCAGAACUUGACCAUACUGCACAAUGAUCUUAGACUUCCAUCUCCAGAACUGUUAAGAAAUAAAUUUCUGUUGUUUUUAAGCCACCCAGUCUAUGGUACUUUGUUAUAACAGCCGGAAUGAAGACACUCAUAUUAGGAGUUUCAUUGUUAGAAAAGCAUGCUCUGAAAGCAAAAGGUGUGGCUAGACAUCCUUUUGUGGAACAGAUUAGGUAUGUGGUUGCUGGAUCCUCUCAAAUAUCUCAGCAGCAAUCAAAAUAGUGAGGUUAUCCAGGAAAGAUUUCCUGUGGAGAGCUCUUUUGUUUAGUGGCAUGAAUCCUGCAUUACGUACAUAAGAAACCUACAAAUUUUUUAAAGAAUGUUAUAUCAGCAGAAACAUUGCCAUCUUUGACUGAAGGUGAUCGAGAGGUAGAGGCCAGAGGAGCUGUUGAGAGCCCAGAGGCCUAUGGUUGAGAGCCCAGAGAACAGAGGUUCGAGCAACAGAGGAUUAUUUUCAGGCCUUGAAAUCUAAUGGAAAAUUUCCUGCUAGGUAUCAAAUUUGUUUAAGAUUGGUGACCCUUUUACUCCUUCCAAUUGCUGCCUUUUGAAAUGGGGAUGUCUAUCAGAUGCCUGCCCCACCAUUAUAUUUUGGAAGCAAAUAACCUAUUUUCUAGGUUCACAGGCCUAGAGAUAGAGAGAAAUUUUGCCCCAGGACAGAUCAUGCCUGGCACCUCACUCACACCAAAUUUAGAUGAUGAGAUUUGGGACUUUUGAGCUGACAAUAUUUAGAUGAGAUUUUGAGCUCAAAGUUAAUUCUGUAAUGGGUUGAGCCGUUUGGAAAUGUUGAGAUACCUUAAUGAAUGUGUUUUGCAUGUGGCAUGAAUGUGAAUUUUGGGGGGCCAGGUGACAGAGUAUAGUGGCUCCCAAAAAGAUAUGUCCACGUCUUAAUCACUGGAACCAGUAAUUGGAAAAGGGGUCUUUACAGAUAUAAUUUAAGGAUCUUGAGAUGAAAACAUCCUGGAUUAUCUUGGUGAGACCUAAAUCCAAUGACAAAUGUUUUUGUAAGAGUGAGGCAGAGGGAAAUUUGACACACAUAAAGGGGAGGAGGCAAUGUGACCACAGAGAUAGAGAUUGGAGUGAUGCAGACACAAGUUAAGGAAUGCUCACAGCCCCAAGAAGCUAGAAGAAACAAGAAAUGAAUUCUUCUCUGGAGCCUCCAGAGGGAGCAGAGCAGCAGAGCCUGCCUACACCUUGAUUUUGGACUUCUGACCUUCAGAACUGUGAGAGAAUAAACCUCUGCUGUUUUAAACCACAACAUUUAUGGUAAUUUGUUACAGCAGCCAGAGGAAACUAAUGCAUCCAUUAAGACAUACAGAGGGGCAAGAGACCCAUAGAGGACUGUCUUUGCCAGCAGACUAAUCCUCUAGUUGUUCCUUUAUUUUGCCUGAAAGGUUGAAUUUUCUUCCUUAACCUUCCCACAAAAUCAUUCAUAUAUAACCUUUGUGUGUGUUGUGAGCUUUCUCCAAGGUGUGGUGAGAUCAGAAGCAAGCCAACUACAGCAAUACAAACAGGCUAAACUACCGUGUUAGGCAUCCCUGUUUCUGCAAGUUUCCAACCACACUGCUAUGUUGCUGGUCAUCCUUUCUUUCCCUCUUGUCAUUGUUCCUGCUUCCCUCAAAAUCCUGUUCAGCUUCCUCCUUAGUGGCCCUGCCUCUUUAUUACUGAUACCCUAAAAGUUUUAUCUGCACCUCAGUUUAUCGAGGAUUUUUCUACACAAAGAUAGUUUCUCUCUAAAAUAUAAGUAUAAAAUAUUUUCUCCAUUUAAAUAAUAAAUGAUUGCAUCAGAGUAAUGGUGUUUAAAAAGAACUUUGAGAGAUUCCAUGUAGUGGUGGUGAAUAUGUAAGUGGGAGGAGGGGAGUGAGGGAAUUGAUAAUAAGGGAGGAAGGUAGGAUGGGACGAAGAAAACCCGGAAUCAGAAGGAUGUUGGAAUUAGAACCGGUCAGAGCUACAGAAACAAGGUCCUCAAGGCUGAGAAUAUGGUCUCAUGCAUCCAGACAUCAAAGUUACAAAGUGGAAGAAUCUGCCAACUUAAAAUGCAUUUUAAAUUGUUGUUUGGCAUACAACGUUGGUCUCCCAGAAGCAAAAAUAUUUUCCGGUCCUUCAAGUGAACAGUUUGGCUAUGCAGUGCAGCAGUUCAUAAAUCCAAAAGGCAACUGGUUACUGGUUGGUUCACCCUGGAGUGGCUUUCCUGAGAACCGAAUGGGAGAUGUGUAUAAGUGUCCUGUUGACCUAUCCACUGCCACAUGUGAAAAACUAAAUUUGCAAACUUCAACAAGCAUUCCAAAUGUUACUGAGAUGAAAACCAACAUGAGCCUCGGCUUGACCCUCACAAGGAACAUGGGAACUGGAGGGUUUCUCACAUGUGGUCCUCUGUGGGCACAGCAGUGUGGGAAUCAGUAUUACACAACGGGUGUGUGUUCUGACAUCAGUCCUGAUUUUCAGCUCUCAGCCAGCUUCUCACCUGCAGCUCAGCCGUGCCCUUCCCUCAUAGAUGUUGUGGUUGUGUGUGAUGAAUCAAAUAGUAUUUAUCCUUGGGAUGCAGUGAAGAAUUUUUUGGAAAAAUUUGUACAAGGCCUGGAUAUAGGCCCCACAAAGACACAGGUGGGGUUAAUUCAGUAUGCCAAUAAUCCAAGAGUUGUGUUUAACUUGAACACAUAUAAAACCAAAGAAGAAAUGAUUGUAGCAACAUCCCAGACAUCCCAAUAUGGUGGGGACCUCACAAACACAUUCGGAGCAAUUCAAUAUGCAAGAAAAUAUGCUUAUUCAGCAGCUUCUGGUGGACGACGAAGUGCUACCAAAGUAAUGGUAGUUGUAACUGAUGGUGAAUCACAUGAUGGUUCAAUGUUGAAAGCUGUGAUUGAUCAAUGCAACCAUGACAAUAUACUGAGGUUUGGUAUAGCAGUUCUUGGGUACUUAAACAGAAAUGCCCUUGAUACUAAAAAUUUAAUAAAAGAAAUAAAAGCAAUCGCUAGUAUUCCAACAGAAAGAUACUUUUUCAAUGUGUCUGAUGAAGCAGCUCUACUAGAAAAGGCUGGGACAUUAGGAGAACAAAUUUUCAGCAUUGAAGGUACUGUUCAAGGAGGAGACAACUUUCAGAUGGAAAUGUCACAAGUGGGAUUCAGUGCAGAUUACUCUCCUCAAAAUGAUAUUCUGAUGCUGGGUGCAGUGGGAGCUUUUGGCUGGAGUGGGACCAUUGUCCAGAAGACAUCUCAUGGCCAUUUGAUCUUUCCUAAACAGGCCUUUGACCAAAUUCUGCAGGACAGAAAUCACAGUUCAUAUUUAGGUUACUCUGUGGCUGCAAUUUCUACUGGAGAAAGCACCCACUUUGUUGCUGGUGCUCCUCGGGCAAAUUAUACCGGCCAGAUAGUGCUGUACAGUGUGAAUGAGAAUGGCAAUGUCACAGUUAUUCAGGCUCACCGAGGUGACCAGAUUGGCUCCUAUUUCGGUAGCGUGCUAUGUUCAGUUGAUGUGGAUAAAGACACCAUUACAGAUGUGCUCUUGGUAGGUGCACCAAUGUACAUGAAUGACCUAAAGAAAGAGGAAGGAAGAGUCUACCUGUUUACUAUCAAAAAGGGCAUUUUGAGUCAGCACCAAUUUCUUGAAGGCCCCGAGGGCAUUGAAAAUGCUCGAUUUGGUUCAGCAAUUGCAGCUCUUUCAGACAUCAACAUGGAUGGCUUUAAUGAUGUGAUUGUUGGUUCGCCACUAGAAAAUCAGAAUUCUGGAGCUGUAUACAUUUAUAAUGGUCAUCAGGGCACUGUCCGCACGAAGUAUUCCCAGAAAAUCUUGGGAUCCGAUGGAGCCUUUAGGAGCCAUCUCCAGUACUUUGGGAGGUCCUUGGAUGGCUAUGGAGAUUUAAAUGGGGAUUCCAUCACUGAUGUGUCCAUUGGUGCCUUUGGACAAGUGGUUCAACUCUGGUCACAAAGUAUUGCUGAUAUAGCUAUAGAAGCUUCAUUCACACCAGAAAAAAUCACUUUGGUCAAUAAGAAUGCUCAGAUAAUUCUCAAACUCUGCUUCAGUGCAAAGUUCAGACCUACUAAGCAAAACAAUCAAGUGGCCAUUGUAUAUAACAUCACACUUGAUGCAGAUGGAUUUUCAUCGAGAGUAACCUCCAGGGGGUUAUUUAAAGAAAAUAAUGAAAGGUGCCUGCAGAAGAAUAUGGUAGUAAAUCAAGCACAGAGUUGCCCCGAGCACAUCAUUUAUAUACAGGAGCCCUCUGAUGUUGUCAACUCUUUGGAUUUGCGUGUGGACAUCAGUCUGGAAAACCCUGGCACUAGCCCUGCCCUUGAAGCCUAUUCUGAGACUACCAAGGUCUUCAGUAUUCCUUUCCACAAAGACUGUGGUGAGGAUGGACUUUGCAUUGCUGAUCUAGUUCUAGAUGUCCGACAAAUACCAGCUGCUCAAGAACAACCCUUUACUGUCAGCAACCAAAACAAAAGGUUAACAUUUUCAGUAACACUGAAAAACAAAAGGGAAAGUGCAUACAACACUGGAAUUGUUGUUGAUUUUUCAGAAAACUUGUUUUUUGCAUCAUUCUCCCUGCCGGUUGAUGGGACAGAAGUAACAUGCCAGGUGGCUGCAUCUCAGAAGUCUGUUGCCUGUGAUGUAGGCUACCCUGCUUUAAAGAGAGAACAACAGGUGACCUUUACUAUUAACUUCGACUUCAAUCUUCAAAACCUUCAGAAUCAGGCAUCUCUCAGUUUCCAAGCCUUAAGUGAAAGCCAAGAAGAAAACGAGCCUGAUAAUUUGGUCAACCUCAAAAUUCCUCUCCUGUAUGAUGCUGAAAUUCACUUAACAAGAUCUACCAACAUAAAUUUUUAUGAAAUCUCUUCGGAUGGGAAUGUUCCUUCAAUCGUGCACAGUUUUGAAGAUAUUGGCCCAAAAUUCAUCUUCUCCCUGAAGGUAACAACAGGAAGUGUUCCAGUAAGCAUGGCAACUGUAAUCAUCCACAUCCCUCAAUAUACCAAAGAAAAGAACCCACUGAUGUACCUAACUGGGGUGCAAACAGACAAGGCUGGUGACAUCAGUUGUAAUGCAGAUAUCAAUCCACUGAAAAUAGGACAAACAUCUUCUGUAUCUUUCAAAAGUGAAAAUUUCAGGCACACCAAAGAAUUGAACUGCAGAACUGCUUCCUGUAGUAAUGUUACCUGCUGGUUGAAAGACCUUCACAUGAAAGGAGAAUACUUUGUUAAUGUGACUACAAGAAUUUGGAACGGGACUUUUGCAUCAUCCACGUUCCAGACGGUACAGCUAACGGCAGCUGCAGAAAUCAACACCUACAACCCUGAGAUAUACGUGAUCGAAGAUAACACUGUGACGAUUCCCCUGAUGAUAAUGAAACCUGAUGAGAAAGCCGAAGUACCAAUAGGAGUUAUAAUAGGAAGUAUAAUUGCUGGAAUCCUUUUGCUGUUAGCUCUGGUUGCAAUUUUAUGGAAGCUCGGCUUCUUCAAAAGAAAAUAUGAAAAGAUGACCAAAAAUCCAGAUGAGAUUGACGAGACCACAGAACUCAAUAGCUGAACCAGCAGACCUACCUGCAGUGGGAACUGGCAGCAUCCCAGCCAGAGUUUGCUGUUUGCGUGAAUGGAUUUCUUUUUAAAUCCCCCCCCCCCUUUUUUUGUUUAAUCAUGUCAUAGGUAAACUAACCUGGUAUUUUAAGAGAAAACUGCAGGUCAGUUUGGCAUGAAGAUAUUGUGGGGGGUUGGGGAGGUGCGGGGAGCGGGUAGGGAUAUAAUGGGUAAAAGACUUAUUUUAUAUGAUGGGGAAAAAAAGUAAUCUUUAAACUGGCUGGCCCAGAGUUUACAUUCUAAUGUGCAUUUUGUCAGAAAUAUGAAAUGCUUCCAAGCAUGAUAACUUUUAAAGAAAAAUAUGAUACUCUCAGAUUUUAAGGGGGAAAACUGUUUUCUUUAAAAUACUUGUCUUUAAACAGCAACAACAAGAGCGGAAGUGCCUGAUAUGUAAGGACUUCCACUUGUGUAUAUUUUAAUGACUAUUGAUGUUAACAAAAACACAGGUUGUUUUUCAAUUUAUGCUGCUCAUCCAAAGUUGCCACAGAUGAUACUUCUAAGUGAUAAUUUUAUUUAUAAACUAGGUAAAAUUUGUUGUUGGUUCCUUUUAGAGCACGGCUGCCCCUUCCACACCCUAUCUUGCUCUAAUGAUCAAAACAUGCUUGAAUAACUAAGCUUAGAGUAUACCUCCUAUAUGUCCAUUUAAGUUAGGAGAGGGGGCGAUAUAGAGACCAAGGCACAAAAUUUUGUUUAAAACCCAGAAUAUAACAUUUAGGUAAAAUCCCAUCUGCUAGAGGCCCAUCCUGUGCCAGAGGAAGGAAAAGGAGGACAUUUCCUUUCUCUUUUAGGAGGCACAACAGCUAUCUUUUAGGACUUGUUUGGGUGACUGGCAGUAACCUAGUGAAUUUCUGAAAGAUGAGUAUUUCUUUGGCAACCUUCCUCCUCCCUUACUGAACCACUCUCCCACCUCCUGGUGGUCCCAUUAUUAUAGAAGCCCUCUACAGCCUGACUUUCUCUCCAGUGGUCCAAAGUUAUCCCCUCCUUUACCCCUCAUCCAAAGUUCCCACCCCUUCAGGACAGCUGCUGUGCAUUAGAUAUUGGGAAAAGUCACCUGUUUAAUUUACACACUUGCAUGAAUUACUGUAUAUAACCUCCUUACCUUCAGGAAGCUAUUUUCAUUUAGUGCUAAACAAGUAAGAAAAAUAAGCUCGAGUGAAUUUCUAAAUGUUGGAACGCGAGGGGAUGUAAACAAUGUAAAGUAAAACAUCUCAGGAUUUCGUGAGAAGUUACAGAUGAGGCACUGGAAGCCACCAAAUUGGCAGGUGCACCCUCUGUGGCUGUCUUGUUUCUGAAGAACUUAAACUUCCACAAGAAAGAAUUUGACCUAGGCAAGUUUGUUCAAAAGGUAGAUCCUGAGAUGAUUUGGUCAGAUUGGGAUAAGGCCCAGCAAUAUGCAUUUUAACAGGCACCCCAGUCACUAGGAUGCAGAUGGACCACACUUUGAGAAACACCACCCAUUUCUACUUUUUGCACCUAAUUUUCUCUGUUCCUGAGCCCCCACAUUCUCUAGGAGAAACUUAGAGGAAAAGGGCACAGACACUACAUUAUCUAAAGCUUUGGACAAGUCCUUGACCUCUAUAAACUUCAGAGUCCUCAUUAUAAAAUGGGAAGACUGACCUGGACUUCAGCAGUGAUGCUUUUAGUUCUAAAAGUCUAUGGUCUGGAUUUCUAUCAUACAAAUAGACAAUCUUCCAAGAAUUUGACUUGGAAAAAAAUGUCAGAGGAAAACAGGUUAUCUGCCCAUGUGCAUAUGGACGACCUUGACUGCCCUGGCCCAGCCCCUAUGUUGGCAGUCCAGGGCUAUCUGUACUGUUUACAGAAUUACUUUGUAAUUGACAACACAAAACCAACAAGAAAAGGCACAAAAUGCCAGGGUUUUAUAGAAAAAAUAGCAUGGUAUUCUCUAGUUAGGUAUGCCAGAGUCCAAUUCUUUUAACAGCUGUGAGAAUUCGCUGUUUUGUUCCAAUGAAAAUUUUAUUUAAAAAAAAAAAAAAAGACUAGAGAAACUAGUCAUUAACUUGAUAAAUAAUAUUUAACAGCUAGUGAUGCUGGUGUGUGCCUGCAGCUCCAGCUACUUGGGAGACUGAGACAGGAGGAUCGCUUGAGUCCAAGAGUUCAAGUCCAGCCUAAGCAACAUAGCAAGACCCUGUCUCAAAAAAAAAUGACUAUUUAAAAAAACAGUGUGGCUGGGAACAGUGGCUCACACCUGUAAUCCCUACACUUUGGGAGGCUGAGGCCAGUGGAUCAUGAGGUCAGGAGUUUGAGACCAGCCUGGCCAAUAUAGUGAAACCCCAUCUCUUCUAAUAACACAAAAAUUAGCUGGACGUAGUGGCAGGGGCUGUAAUCCCAGCUACUCGGGAAGCUGACGCAGGAGAAUCACUUGAACCUGGGAUGCGGAGGCUGCAGUGAGCCAAGAUCGUGCCACUGCACUCCAGCCUGGGCGACAGGGCAAGACUCCGUUUAAAAAAAAAAAAAAAAAGAGUUAGUACUGUAUAUAAAAAUAUUAGCUUUUCAAUGUGCUAUACAAAGAAUUAUAGCACAACCCUCCUUUUAUUUUACUCUGUCUCACCUUCUUUAGGUGAGUACUUCCUUAAAUAAGUACUAAACAUACAUAUACAGAACUUGAAAGCUUUGGUUAGCCUUGCCUUAGGUAAUCCGCCUAGUUUACACUGUUUACAGGGAGUAGUUGAAUUACUAUAAACCAUUAGCCACUUGUCUGUGCACCAUUUAUCACACCAGGGCAGGGUCUCUCAACCUGGGCACUACUGUCAUUUGGGGCCAGGUGAUUCUUCCUUGCAGGGAAUGUCCUGUACCUUGUAGGACAGCAGCCCUGUCCUAUAAGGUAUGAUGUUUAGCAGCAUCCCUGGCCUCUAGCUACUUGAUGCCAGAGCAUCCUCCCCCUGCAGUCAGGACAAUCAAAAAAUGUCUCCAGACAUUGUCAAAUGCCUCCUGGGGGGCAGUAUUUCUCAAGCACUUUUAAGCAAAGGUGAGUAUUCAUACAAGAAAUUCAGGGGAAAAACAUUUUUUAAAUAAAAGCUAUGUGUUCCUAUUCAACAAUAUUUUUGCUUUAAAAGUCAGUAGAGGGCAUAAAAGAUGUCAAAUUCAAAUUUCCAUUUCAUAAAUGGUAUACAGACAAGGUCUAUAGAAUGUGGUAAAAACUUGACUGCCACACAAGGCUUAUAAAAUAGUAAGAUAGUAAAAUAACUUAUGAAGAAACUACAGAGAUUUAAAAAUGUGCAUCACUCAUUUCAGCAGCAAAAUAAGAACUCCUAACUGGACAGAAAUUUUUCUAGCUAGCAAUGUUAUUUUUGUAAAAUAGUUAUCAAAAAUUAUCUUCAAAAUGUGAAGAGUAAAGAAAAUAAAGCCAAUUUACUAUAGUCACACAAGUGACUAUACUAAAAAUUGUUACAAAGUGUAUAAUUUUAUAAUGUAUUUACCUGUCCUGAUAUAUAGCUAUAACCCAAUAUAUGAAAAUCUCAAAAAUUAAGACAUCAUCAUACAGAAGGCAGGAUCCCUUAAACUGAGAUCCCUGAUCCAUCUUUCAUAUUUCAAUUUCCACACAUAAAACAAUUAUAUAAAAUCUUUGUAGGACUAUGCCCUUUUGUGUAUGCAUACCCAUUUUAACCAAUUUGAAAAGUUAAUUUAAAAUCUAGAGGUGAAUGAGAAACAUGGGGGAAAAGUGUGAAAUAAGUGAAAAUAUUAACUAUUUCUUUGAACUCUAAAGACUGAAACUGUAGCCAUUAUGUAAAUAUAGUUUCAUAUGUACCUGUUUAUUUUGGCAGAUUGUCAAAAUAUGAAUGUAUAUAUUGCAUAACUAUGUUAGAAUUGUGUAUAUUUUAAAGAAAUUGUCUUGGAUAUUUUCCUUUAUACAUAAUAGAUAAGUCUUUGUUCAAAUGUGUUUGAUGUUUUUGAUUAAAUGUGUUUUGCCUCUUUACUUUCCACAAAAACUAUAAAAAUAAAUGCAUGUUUGUAUGAAAAGUUGCAGAAUUCAUCUGAUUUACGAGAAACAAAAAUUAAAUUGUUGUCAACAUAAACUAGUUAAUAGCUUUUCUCAUAUACAAGUAUAACAAACAGAAAAGUUUCAUUAAUUGUAAGCCACUCUUUUCAUACCACAUUAUUGAAUAUUGUUACAAAUGUCUGGAAAAUAAAGUUAUUUUCUUUGGGCUUUUACAAG